GUAUUUCAGUCAAACCAAAUAAACUGAUAACUUCUUCCAUUCCUCUGUUCUGCCCUAUCUAUCCCCGUCAGACUUCUCUGCUAUCUGCUCUGUUCUCGUGCUGCAAACCACUUAAAUUUUUAAUAUUUUUCUUUCAAUGUUUAUAUGAUCAAUUUAACCAAAUCCAUACCCAUGAAAGAAGAGAAUCAAGCUGAAGAGAAAAGUUUUUUCAUUUAUUUUUUGGGGUUAAAGUUUAAGAAUUGAAGGACCAACAAACCCGUACCUUUCAUCACUCUAUCUUCGUAUUCACUUCUCCACAAACCAGAAACUGAAAGGCCCAUCUCAACUGUGACCUCAGCCUUUAUGAGUUUCAUAUGAAAUGUAGGAGUUCAAAAGACCCAUCAAGAGACGAGGGUUCCAUGUCAAAAUGAGGUUACUGCAUAAACAUGGAAGGCAACAGGAGAAAAAUUUGUGCUUCAAAUACUACAAAUGGGUUCUUUGGUUUUCUCUGACUCUUUACUUCUUCACUUCUUUCUUCAUCAGCCACAAGCCCAUACCUUUGUCCAAAACUCAUUUUGCUAACUCAAAAUCUAACCUUCCUUUUCGUGCUCUCAUCGAAUCUAUCAACACAUCAUUUCUACAGAAACCAACGAACAGUAACAAAGGGUCAUUGAAUGAUUUGAAGAUAUAUAGUUACGAGUUGCCGUCGAAAUACAACACGGAUUGGCUAUCAAAUGAGCGGUGCAGCAACCACUUGUUUGCGGCGGAGGUAGCAAUCCACAAAGCACUCUCAAACAGCGAUAUAAGAACAUUUGACCCAUACGAAGCGGACUUUUUUUUUGUGCCCGUUUAUGUAUCCUGCAACUUUAGCACCGUUAACGGGUUCCCUGCCAUUGGUCACGCUCGUUCUCUCAUAUCCUCCGCUAUCCAUUUUAUCUCGUCUCACUACCCUUUCUGGAAUCGGACCCAGGGAUCCGACCACGUCUUCGUCGCCUCACACGAUUAUGGCGCUUGCUUCCAUGCUAUGGAGGAAAGAGCGAUUGCUGAUGGGAUACCGGAGUUUUUGAAGAAAUCAGUAAUACUGCAGACAUUUGGUGUGAAGUAUAGACACCCAUGUCAAGAGGUUGAAAAUGUAGUAAUCCCACCAUAUGUUUCGCCGGAAAUUGUACGGAAAACUCUUGAGAAAGCGCCGGUUACCGGGAGACGUGAUAUUUGGGUGUUCUUCAGGGGUAAAAUGGAAGUUCACCCUAAGAACAUCAGUGGUCGUUUUUACAGCAAGAAGGUUAGAACGGUCAUAUGGAGAAAAUAUAAUGAUGACCGGAGGUUCUAUCUACGAAGGCACAGAUUUGCCGGUUACCAGUCAGAAAUUGUACGGUCAGUGUUCUGUUUGUGUCCUCUUGGAUGGGCUCCAUGGAGUCCUAGACUGGUAGAAUCAGUUGUAUUGGGCUGUGUGCCUGUGAUUAUAGCGGAUGGAAUCCGGUUGCCCUUCUCCGACGUCGUUAAAUGGCCGGAGAUAUCGUUAACUGUGGCUGAAAGUGACGUGGCAAACUUGGGAAUGAUUCUUGAACGCGUGGCUGCUACCAAUUUGACUAGCAUUCAGAAGAAACUGUGGGACCCGAAUGUCAGGCAGGCCCUACUUUUCAAUGAUCAGAUCCUUGAAGGGGAUGCUACGUGGCAGGUUUUACAUGCUUUAUCUGAGAAGCUAGACAGGUCGAACAGGAGGUCAAGGGUUUCAUCCAAGUAGAAAUUUGACACGUAGGAUUGGAUCAUUCGAUGAUGGAAUUGCCAGCUAAGAUGCUUCCUCUCUCCAUAUGGAUAGAAAAUAAUUGAGCGCAGCUGGAUUUGCAAAUGCUAGCAGACGGAAGGGAUGAGAAUUUUUUUUGUGGCGUCGGGGGGACGAGUGUCAUGGGAAGGUUACAUUUUUUGGAGAUUGAGGUUGAAUGAUGACGUGGCACGUUGUUAUUAGACGUACGAGAAAUGUGGGAAAUCGCUUCACCUAUUUCCCACGGAAACAAUAGGACAAAAGAAGGGGGCCAAAAAGAAGACAUAUGAGAAAUGUGGGAGCUUUAAAAGAAUAAUUGUAAACAUGUUUCUUGACUUCUAAAUUUUAAUGUUUCCUUUGA